GACCCACUCGAUCAGCCAUAUAUAAGUCCCAAACAUUCACAUUAUUAACCAUCGCAUCAACACUCUUAACUCCGGCUUGAUGCACUUCACUCACUUCCGCCCUUGUUGUUCUUCGCCCAAAAUUCCUAGAUUUCUUUAGAUUCUCUUAUCUCACAUGUUCCUCUCUUCUCAAUAACAUUAUCAACAAUUUCAACGUUUGGUGUGAUCGGUACGUUGUGGGUGCGGAUUGCAUCCUCUGAUCCAAGAGACUGAGAAUACAACUUGGUCUCUUGGGAGUUGGGUUUGUCCAUAUGAAGCCCGCUACCACCAACAUGGCUCAGCCGCAGAGUAAUUGGGAGGCUGAUAAAAUGCUUGAUGUUUACAUCCAUGAUUAUUUUGUAAAGAGAAAAUUACAUAACACUGCAAAAGCUUUUAUGACAGAAGGCAAAGUUUCCACCGAUCCUGUAGCAAUUGACGCUCCUGGAGGAUUUCUGUACGAGUGGUGGUCUGUCUUUUGGGAUGUCUUCAUCUCAAGGACAAACGAGAAACAUUCUGAGGCUGCUGCAGCUUACAUUGAGACCCAGCAAAUGAAGGCUAGAGAACAACAACUUCAGAUGCAACAAUUGCAACUUAUGCAGCAGCGCGGUGCACAGCUGCAACGCCGGGAUCCUAAUCAUCCUCCUCUAGGUGGUUCCUUAAGUGCCAUGAACUCUGAAGGAAUGUUGGGGCAGCAACCAACAAAUGUGUUGGCCAUUAAAAUGUAUGAAGACCGAAUGAAACACUCUCAUUCAAUGGAGUCAGAGGCAUCUCCAACACUUAUCGAUGCAAAUAGGAUGGCCCUUCUUAAAUCUGGAACAAGUCAUCAAGGUCAGUUGGUCCAUGGUAAUUCAGGAAAUAUGUCUACUGCAUUGCAGCAACUUCAGGCCCGGACUCCUUUGACAACUGACAUCAAAGGAGAAGUCAAUUUAGGUGCCACUCCCAAGAGUUUGCCUAUGGAUAACUCCGUGUACAGACAAGCAAUUUUACAAUCAAAAUCUGGGCUAGGCGGCACAGGGUUAAAUCCAGGGGUUACAAGUCUUCCACUAAAGGGGUGGCCCUUAACUGGUAUUGAUCAACUAAGACCUGGCGGUUUGGGCGUACAAGUUCAGAAGCCUAAUUUGACAACUCAAAGCCAAUUUCUUUUGGCAUCACAACAGCAGCAAGUCUUAGCACAGUCUCAGGCACAAAACAACCUUGGAAGUUCUAAUAGUCAAGGUGAUAUGGAUCCACAUAGACUUUCUACGGUCCCUCGAGGUGGCUUAAGUGCAAAAGAUGGUCAAUCUACCAGCUCCCAAGUGCAGUCAGGUUCACCUAAGCAGGUGAAGAUGUCCCAGGCACAACAUUCACUAUCUCAACAGGAUCAUUUGCAGCAGCAGCAACUGCAGCAGAACAACCGGAAAAGGAAACAACAUUCUUCUUCUGGACCUGGCAAUAGCACUGGUACUGGAAACACAGUAGGUCCUUCACCUAAUUCACCACCAUCAACUCACACACCUGGUGAUGGAAUAAAUACAGCAAGCAGCAUGCAGCAUGUUAACAGUAUGCCAAAGAGUAUGAUGAUGUAUGGUACAGAAGCAACAGGUGGCCUUGCAUCGUCUUCUAAUUUGCUUCAGGAGGAUAUGGACCGAUUUGGAGAUGUUGGUACUUUAGAGGAUAAUGUGGAAUCCUUUCUAUCAAAUGAUGGAGGAGAUGAAGGUAGUCUCUAUGGAAGUAUAAAACAAAAUCCGGCUGAGCAACAAAAGGAAUCAUCAAAAGGUUUCACCUUUGCUGAAUUUGGUUGCAUACGAACAAGGAACAGCAAAGUUACUUGCUGUCAUUUUUCAUCUGAUGGAAAAUUACUUGCCAGUGCUGGACAUGACAACAAGGUUGUCCUUUGGAACAUGGACACUUUACAGACAGAGAGCACUCCAGAAGAACACAAGUUGGUUAUUUCAGAUGUCCGUUUUAGACCAAAUUCAUCUCAGUUGGCGACAGCUUCAAUCGAUAAAUCUGUGCGGUUAUGGGAUGCAGCCAAUCCAAGCUAUUGUGUGCAAGAAUACGGUGGGCACAGUGCAGCAAUUAUGUCUCUUGAUUUCCACCCAAAGAAGACUGAUAUGUUCUGCUUUUGUGAUAGUGAAAAUGCAAUUCGGUACUAUGAUAUUACUUCAUCCUCCUGCACGCAUGUAUUGAAGGGUGGAAAUGCUCAAGUGCGGUUUCAGCCUAGAGUGGGGCAAGUACUAGCAGCAGCUUCUGACAAAGUAGUGUCAAUUUUUGAUGUUGAAACCGACAGACAAAUUUAUUCACUUCAGGGACACUCUGAAGCGGUGAACUAUAUUUGCUGGGAUGCAACUGGAGAUUUCUUGGCAACUGUGAGUCAAAAUUUGGUGAAGAUUUGGACACUGGCCUCUGGAGAAUGCAUUCAGGAGCUUAGCUCAAAUGCAAACCAGUUCCAUUCUUGUGUCUUUCAUCCAAGCUAUUCAACUUUGUUGGUGAUUGGAGGGUUUUCGUCCUUGGAGCUGUGGAACAUGGCUGAGAACAAAAGCAUGACAAUUUCUGCACACGAGAAUAUAAUUUCCGCUUUGGCUCAAUCUCCUGUAACCGGUAUGGUCGCCUCUGCAAGUCAUGACUGCUCUGUUAAGUUAUGGAAAUAAUUAACAGGUUAUAGGCUCUCUUGUACUUACUCAAUUCUUUGAGUCACACCCUUUAUUAUGAAAGAACUCGGAGAUCUGUAUUGGAAGGAAAAAUUGGGUCUCUGAACAUUAUGCAAUAAUAUUAAUUAGUCUGCAAUAAGGUGUAAGUGUAAUGUCACAUAUAUACAAUUUUGCGCUAUAUUUAGUAUCAUAAGAACAAGCAUGUGGCGAUUUUCGUAGUUCUAGUGACGAUUAUCAAAGUUGUUGUUAAGGGAAAUGUUUGUCUUGUCGCUGAAGAUGUAAUUAUCCGACUAUUUGUGAUUGCUUGUAUUAUUAAUCUUGUUUUCUAUAAACUGGUCUUUGGUAUUUAUUA